GCAUUGGCUCAGUUAAAUAUCACUAUGAAGCCCUGGCAUUGCUCUAUAGCAUGACGAUAAAUUCAAUCUUGAGGCCAGAUAACUCUUAUCUCGCUGACCCGACUGCUCACGCCUGCUUUCGUAAUCUCGGUUUACCCAUCCACGUCGAGUAGGAAAAAAAGGAAAGGAAAGGGGUUUCUCUCGGCUCUUCCCUUUUUUGUUGUGGCUGCUAAUGCCUGGUGCAUGGCAGGGAGCACUCUGCUGCUGCUGCCUCACCCAGCCAGCCCUGCCCUGCCCUUAAACUUUUUCUCUGGAUUACUGCUUUGAUCGAUUUCGUCGCUGAAUGAGAAAAUAUCGCUUGGUGCUCUGCAUUCGUCGUCAGAGGAUAAGGUUCACCCGAGGAGGCCAUUGGCGGAGAGGCGUCACGUGACCACGGGGUGCCAAUGUUAUUCUACAAGGGUGUCAAGACCCUGUCAGUUUCUGAAAUAAAUAUUGGGAAACGGCGAGAUGCAAAAGGCAACCUACUACGACAGCUCCGCAAUUUACAGUGGCUACCCAUAUCAAAGCGCAAAUGGCUUCAGUUAUGAUGCCAAUCAGGUCCAAUAUCCCCGGGCCUCUCAUGUGGAAAGUGAGUACCAUCGACCUGCCUGCUCCCUGCAGUCUCCUGACGGCUCCGUGGCUCUGCAGAAGCCGGGGGAGAUGGCGGAGAGCUGCGACAGGACCACAGCCAUUCAGGCGGCGCAGUCCAAGGUUCAUCCCGAAAGCAAUCAACCGCAGGUGCCAGUGUCAGGCCCGCCCCCUCCGUCAAUAUCCCCCGGUGCUGUCAGCCAAAACACAAGCAACGGGUCCAACCAGCCCAGUGCCAAGAACGGCUCCCCGACCUCUGCUACUCGCAAACAUAUCUUCCCCUGGAUGAAGGAAUCCCGUCAGAACAUCAAGCAGAAACCCAACAGUAGCUCCAGUUCAGUGGAGAGUUGCCCCGGAGACAAGAGUCCUCCGGGGUCAGCAGCAUCGAAGAGGGCCCGGACAGCUUACACCAGCGCCCAGCUAGUGGAGCUGGAGAAGGAGUUCCACUUCAACCGGUACCUCUGCAGACCCAGGAGGGUGGAGAUGGCGAACCUGCUCAACCUCACCGAGAGACAGAUCAAAAUCUGGUUCCAGAACCGCAGGAUGAAAUACAAGAAGGAUCAGAAAGGCGUCGGAAUGAUGCCUUCCCCUGGCGGACAGUCCCCUCGGAGUCCCGUGGGCCCAGGCUCCGGGGUUGGCGGUGGUGGAGGAUACCUCAACUCUAUGCAUUCUCUUGUAAACAGUGUACCUUACGAAUCCCAGUCGCCGACGUCUUACAAUAAACCUCAUCAAAAUGCAUACGGUAUGGCCACGUCAUAUCCCCCUCCUUUGAACAACUCCCUCAACAACUGCCCUCCCUCCCAGAAGCGGUAUCCCGGGACCGACUCGGCCACGCCCGAGUAUGACGCGCAUCCUCUUCAAGGCAAUGGCAACUACGGGAGUCACAUGCAGGGCAGCCCCGUUUAUGUCGGUGGAGGUUACAUCGACUCAAUGCCCAAUUCUGGGACCUCCGUUUUCGGUCUGACCCAUCUAUCGCACCCGCCGUCCACAAACAUGGACUACAAUGGAGCAAUCACAAUGGGUAACAGUCAGCAUCACGGAGUGUGUGAUCCGACACCGACGUACACAGACCUAACAGCGCACUACUCUCAGGGAAGAAUCCAGGAAGCGCCCAAACUGACGCAUCUGUAGCGGUGGCGCAGCCCGGAUCACUCCGCCCAUUGUCUUAUCCACCUCCAGACACAUUACUGCUUUGUUUCUGCGCCUCCUCACGGCGUCCACCUUCUCUCUGCUUUUGUUUAUGUUUUCUAUAGUUUGAUGUGUGAAGUAUAGCGUAGGGUAAAUAAUCACGACUUGCUUGAAUUUUUCUUCUAUUUGCUCGUGUCAUUGUCUCACAAAGACUGAGCUGUAGGACGUCUAGAGUGGGAGGGAGGGGGGCACAGUAUAAGCAUAGGACUAUUUAAUCUUUUUUUUAAUAUUGUUUUAAAAUUGAAACGCAAACAGGGUAUUAUGAACAUAUGUUAUUCAUUUUUAAUGUGAAUUUGUUCGUCUUUUAUUUAUCCGCAGUUGAAGAAUUGUGUUUUGCAUUUUGUUGCACUUGUAAGGAUCCUUCAAACGACACGAGUUGGGAUUAUGAGGGGAAAACAUUUUCAAGAACAAGGGUCAUGAGCUUACACGCAACCUCCCUUGCUUAUGUUGCUCUAUUGGACUGUAUAAUGUUAUUUAUUUGUGUUCGGUGUUACGAUAAAAGAGUCCUUUAGUAUUAUUUGACACCUUUGCGAUCUAUGUGUGGUGACAAGGUUGGUGGAAAGUAAGCGUCUCAGCCCUUUUCCAGCCCAUACAUGUAGCGUGCAGGAACUCCACAGUAGCAGAAGCACCAUGUUGCUGUUAUAGGCUAUGUUUUCUCUUUUUUUCUUCAAGGAGGUGUUUUUAUUUUCUCAGUGAAUGUAAAAUCAAUCAGUCAUGCAAUAAGGGUGGAAAGAAGGACACACAUUAGCAAUUUCUUUUGUUGAAGAAAAAAAAAACAGGCAUCAUUAAUUUCCUUUUCGAUGUUAUACAUUCCACGCUGCUCCCAGUUCGAAGAAAUAAAUAAAAUAAUUGAAAUACAA